UGGUGAUAGUUGUUACUGCGGCACUGCGCUCCCUGGAGUUCCCAGUUUCGUGUAAUAAAACGUGAAUCCGUGGAAGAUCUUCUGCAGCUGCCCACCUCGUGAGAGGGGUUGUGGAAAGCAAGGGGCUGUCCCCGUGCCUGAGACGUGCCCCAAGACAUGGAAGGAGUGUCCUGCGGUGUGCUUAAAAAAAGACUGAGGAAAACCAACGUGUCUGGGGCUGACAGGCAAAACUGUGCUGUCAGCACCGCGGCUUUGAUGCCAACACGACGGGUGUCACCCCCCGCACCCUCUGGCAGUGUGUAAUGGGCGGUAAUGAGCACUCAGGAUAAGAAAUCGUUAAAUGUUGAGCUGUCUUAGAGCGGGAAGGGGAAAAUGAGGCCACAAAUACCGCACCUCGGCCUCAUUAACAAGAGACCUGUCAUAGCUAAGGAGUUUCUGAUCUGUUUGCAAUUAUUCCCAUUCCACCAGGGUGUCUUUUUUAUGUUUAUUAAAUAGCCACUGUGCACGUGUUUGGUGUGUUGGCAUUAAGCAGGAAUGGAGGAUCCAGUUUUCCUUCCCAGGUCCCUGGGAGGAGUGGUGUUAGUCUCAGCGAUGAGCUCUGCAUGCACCACUGUUGGGACACUUCACCCCAAAUCCACCCUGUCCUACUUCAAGGAGCUGUACAAAGGACCUUUUUCCUUCUCCACUGUGGUGACUGUGCUAAUCUGGGUACAGCGCAGUUCUGCUGGUGUGCUCACUGUAUCCCUUGCUGUUCUGUCCUGGCCUCAUGCAGGUGGGAUGAUACUGGGGCUGACCUUUAGCUGCAGGUUUUGCAGGUCGCUGUAGCUGCCUUUUCAGAAGGCACAGUAGCUCCUGACUAUGUCCCUCUUCUGACAGCAGUGAAAGAAAUAGCCUUGGUAUCACACCAGGAGGCAGAAGUUAGGUCAUGUGUUGAUACUAGCAAGGUGAUCACUCUGGAUGCUUUUCUAUGUAAGAGCUGGAAGGUUAAGUAGGGGCAGGGGUUCUAGGCAAUAGCAGGGUGAAUACCUGAAAUAACACGGGAGACUGAAAGAACAAGUGGAUUAGGAUGGUCACACCAUGCUUGCGUUUCUUGCCCACCCUUGAGCUAACGUUUUUCAUGCUUCCAACAGCCAUGACUCAGUGAGGGCUGCUGCAUGCCCAAAACAAAACAAACACAUCUCCUUCAGCCUGUUGCACAGUCUUGAGCAGCAGCUAUGUGACUAGGAGGCUUCAAGGCAUCCCCUCCUACUGGCUGGUGUCUAAUGGAUAGCUCCUUGGUGUUCCGUGAAGUGCAAUGGCACAGGCAGAUGAGCUGCGCUGCCUUGAGAUACCAGGCUACCAGCCCUACUAGCAAUUUCUCAGCUUCUACCAGAAAUGUCACAUUCUGCAGGAAAUGCUUUCCACUCUGCAGAUAACCCCUCCAACCCCAGCAUGGUGCACGCCUGGAGCUUCAGUGAUGUGAUGGCUAUUGUGCUGCUACUGGCUGGUUUUUUUUUUGUUGUUUUUUUUUUCUGUGGAGGAAUUCUAUAUUUCCAGCAGCAUUGGUCAUAGGCACUGUCUCUGAUGUAAAAAUAUAAACCAAAGCUAAAUCUUGCCUUGUAAAAUGUUGUCGUCUCAACUCUGCUGUAGAUAGCACUCAGCAGCACCCUAUAUUUCACGGUGCAGCUAAAGUAUUCUGAUAUUGGAAACUGUGGGAACAGCCCCAUCUUGCUGAGUGCUUUCUUUUUGUCCCUAUAGGAUUGACACAUGAAAUAGCCACAAAUCCACAGAGGCUUUGAACACAUUUUUGUAACCAUAAUGUCUCCAGAGUCUCUCAGUAGUGUUGAGAGCACUGAGUCUUUACCAGCAUUUGGGGGCAUGGUUCUCUGCUGCUGUUUUUCUGCUGCUUAGAGAAAACCCUAGGCAUGCCUCAUCCUCACGACUGCAGAAGAAAACUUGAAAAUACAGUCUGAAGUUACAUGAAGGCUCACGAAUAGAGGAAAAUGAAAGAAACCCCCAAACUGUUUUUCUUAUGAUCUCCUCUGCCUCCACAUUCCCAGGGCUUUUGGGGAAAACUGGCUCAGGGACGUUGUAGGAGGAGGUGAGCGAUGAUUUGCAUCUAGGUUGCUGAGCCCUGCUUUGAUUGACUCCAAAGGAUUUACGUGUCUUCUCACGUACAAAGUCCUCCACACUCCUGUCUUUGCUUCUGUCUCCGCAGGCAUCGCUAGCACCCCCACUCCCACUCUGAUCAAAGCUUCCCCUCUUCUCCUUUUAUCAUUGCUACGUGCUUUGGACUCCCUGCCUUCUCCACUGCAGUGCAUGCCCAGAGCCGCCCACCAGUCUAACGCACCUCGAGUUCCCUUCAGAGCCCCUGCUGACUAUGCAGGAGAAUCAGUCUGAUGCUCUGUGUUGUUUAACACCUGCAGCUGGGCACACAGCUGACCCUGGUGAGGAAGAACAGGCAUCGAUGAUGUUACGUGUACAACGAUUAAAUGAACGGCUGAGGAAGAGAAGGGCGUGCCCAUGCUGCGCAUUCCCAGCACUCUGUGCCCUCCUGGGCUGCUGGGGGUGAGCUGUCACCAGGAGAGGAUGGGCUGGCUCAAGACAAAUUUGGACCAGAGACUGGAGCAAGUGGCUGCGUUUCUCCUCUGCUUCUUUUGCAAGGUUUUGAAGGGCUGCGGAUGAGCCUUGUGGCAUCUGUAGGUGGCAAAUGGGACUCGUGCUUGUUACAGAAAACUCUAAAAGCCACAACCAGAGGGAGAUGGGCACUGACAGAACCCCAAACAUCUGAUCCUGGUCCACCCCCCUGCUACAAAAUGAGGCCAGCAUCACCCAACUCUGUGAUGGAUGCCUGCCCAAGAUGUUUUUAAAAAUCUCCAGUGAUGGAGACUCUGGUGCUUCCCCAGGCAAAACAUGUGGUUAAUUAACUAUUUGUUCUGUUAGAAAGUGUUUCCUAAUGUCUCGCAUCAGUCUUGCUCCUUGCAAGCCCUAUUGUUCCUCGCCCUAUCCCCAGCAGACACAAUGCACAAUUGAUUCCUGUCCUCAUUGCAGCAAGUGCUCACAACACGCCGUGCCCCUGGGAGAGAAACUCUGGGGCCAGUUUAUUACGUUGCCUCUGCUCACAGAGAUAACUCUCAAGCACAGUCCUACUGGCACAGAGCAGAAGAGCAAGGAAGGGAUGUGAUGCUCAAAAAGCAGAAUUCCCCACCUGACCGUGCAUACCAUGCAGGGAGAUGAAGCAGGACCUGCAUCGGCACAGGAUGUGGCAUCACUGCUGUGAGGAGUCAUGUUGGGCUGGUGUCCCCAUGACUGCUGUCCCUCUCGUUGCUGCCCAAGCCUGAGUCCCUGGUUGUGCCACGGAGUGGCCGUGCACCAGGGGAUGCCAGGGGGCAGCGGGCAGCAGGGGCCGGGGAGAGCUGCAGGAACACCGGCGGGGCUCAGGCAGAUGCGGGGAGAUGCUGGAACCCCUCGCUGGGUACACGUGUCCCCCACCACUUUGUCCCCACAGCCUGCAGGGCUGCCUCGUGCCGUGUCAGGCUGUGCUACCGACGUGGGCAUGCGUCACGGUGCACGAGCAGAACGAUGCAGCCCCUCCAUCCCCCCUACAAACACUCCUUUAAGCCCGGAACGGCGAUGACCAGCCUGAUCCCUCCCACCUGCCUGCUCCCCCUGGCCUGGCCCUGACGUCAGGGAAGGCGUGCGGAUGCGUGUGUGCAGGCUGCACACCAUACACACAUCAGGCACCGCAGAGACGUCGGGAGGCAGCCAGCAGCCGGCAGUGGAAAAGCCCCCGGAGCCGGGCUACAUGCGAGAGCUCUGCUCCUCGCCGGGCAGCGGAGGAGAGCUCGUCCGUCCCCACCGUACGCUGAUGCUCUGCGAGCCGCAGCUCCAGGGAGCCCCUCAUUGCUAAGGAGCUUGCUGGAAGCGGACCCCUGCCCGCCACUCCCCAGCCCGGCCCCAAGACGGAGGACCCCACUGACCCCACCAUGUCAUCGGAGCCCGGCGCCCCGCCGGCUGUGCCACCUCUGCACUCGCCCAAGUCCCCUGUCUGGCCCACCUUCCCCUUCCAGCGCGAAGGCAGCCGUGUCUGGGAGCGGGGCAACCUCCUGCUGCGGGACCUGCCCAGCCCGCUGCCCACUAAGAGGACCAGGACCUACUCUGCGACUGCACGUGCUUCCGCCGGGCCCAUCUACAAGGGUGUCUGCAAGCAGUUCUCCCGCUCACAGGGCCAUGGGUUCAUCACUCCGGAGAACGGCACAGAAGACAUUUUUGUCCAUGUGUCUGACAUCGAGGGGGAGUACGUCCCAGUAGAGGGGGAUGAGGUGACGUACAAGGUCUGCCCCAUCCCUCCCAAGAACCAGAAGUUCCAGGCAGUGGAGGUGGUGCUCACCAACCUGGCGCCCCACACGAAGCACGAGACGUGGUCUGGACAGAUCAUCGGCUCCUAGGUGCCUGGGGGGCCUGAUGGCCACUCGUGGGGAGCUUGGGGGAGGCCGGGCUGGCGAAGGGGCUGGGGCCACUCCCCAGCACGCAGGUGUUCGCGUUUGGUGUCUUUUCUAAGGUUACGGUUUCCUUUUUCUGUGUGUGUUUGUACCUGUCUUUCGAGGGGGAUGGGGAAAGUGGAGUCCUCCCCACUGACCCCCCAGCUCCUGGGGUAGCACUGAGUCCCAUGUCCUUGAGCCCACAGGGAGCGGGAGGACUGAUCCUGCCUCCAUCCCACUGCAGCCUGGGGUUUACAGGGGGCUCGUCCCGGCCUUCCCAGCCCUGCUCUGGCCAGAUGGGCAAAUCACUGUGCCGGGAAGGGACAGCUCAGCCCCUUCCGCCCCCAUCACCCCAGACCCCCUGGGACCCCAUCCCGUGUGUGCCUGUGUGUGUGUGCAUCCGUAGGUCGCCGUGGGGCUGUAGGGUUUGGUGAUCUCUCUCUGCUCAUGCUCCACGCCGACACCUCCCACCCCCUCGGUGUAGACAGGGUCUCGUAUAUAAAGCACAAAUUUGUUCUCGGUCCUCUCCGCCAUAUCCUGGCCAGGUGGGCUCCUGUGGCCUUGGGGACGGGGAAGGGGCACCUGUGGGUUGUGGGAUGUGGACGUGGGGAUGGCCCCAUACCAUGCCCCAGGCAGUCAGCCCGGCCAAGAGAAACUGUUGGAUUUUUUUCUUUUUCUUUUUUUCUUUUUUUUUUUUUUUGGAAAAUAAACUAAGAUCCUAGAAUUGUUGGUGUUUUUACAACUCUGGUGUGGUUCCCGCCUGUCUGACCUUGUGUCAACCUUUGUAACAUUGGCAAUAAACCAUUAAAAGUGACUUUCCCAUGAGCCCUGCCCAUCCUGCCUUUUUGUGUCUAAGUGCAU